AUGGAGUUGGUACAUUUAAUCGUUCUCAAUAACGCUGAGCAUAAGCGCGUGGACAAGUCCUGCGUGGGUGAGAUGCCGGUGCUCAACAUGAAGGUGGCUCCUGAACUCCUGUCUACCUUCUUCGGCAUUGAGGAUGUGUACGACCGUUGUGCUCGAAACGACAACCCGCGCCGAGCACAACGGAAGAGUGAAACCGGCGUUUUGAGAAAUUAUAGAGGGGAAGGCAAGAGCUAA